CAGAAAAUUUGUUCACCUCAAAUUUCCGUAAACUGACUGUCACCGUUGAAAGUUUCUCAUCCAAAUUUGAUACGCUAAACUUGUGCACCGAAUUUACAAUUAGUUUUAUCAUGAGCCACCAGGUGAAAAGGUCUAAAAAUGAAGCUUUCGAGACAGCGGAGUAUAGCAGACGUUCUCAGGAUGUCAAAGUCUCUCGAUGGGAAGCAUUUCAACUGGCUAUAUAUGAUCCAUCGACCAAAAAAUUUCUAGGAAGAACAAAAUCCAGCUGGGGUGUUGUCGGUCUUUUCUACUUGGUCUUCUUCAGCGUGCUGGCACUCCUCUGUGCGAUUUGCUACAAAGGAUUGAUGCUAUCGAUUGAUUUCAAACGACCAACCUACAUAUUAGAAGACAGUAUCAUUGGCACGAGUCCUGGCCUUGGUUUUCGUCCGAUUUCGGAUGAUAUAGAUCAGGGAUCUUUGGUCUGGUACAACGCGACUAAUUCAAGUAACGUCAGAACAUGGAAGAAAAGAAUUGACAAAUUUCUGGACGUGUACAUAAAUAGUUCGCUGUUACCAACACGUGGUAGAAACCAGCAAUUCUGUACCAAUAGCCAACCACUGCCAGCAAAAAAUGUGUGUGCUUUUGACGUCACCCGUUGGGGUGACUGCUCCCCGGGUGGUAACUAUGGUUAUGACAACUCAACGCCAUGUUUUUUCAUCAAAUUGAACAAGAUAUACGGAUGGGUACCAUCGUAUUACAAUGGAAACAAACCUUUACCCCUGGACAUGCCACCGAAUAUCAGGGAUAACAUAAAAUCAACUAAUCUUUCAAAUCUCAACGUGGUGUGGGUUUCUUGCCAAGGUCAAAAUCCAGCUGACCGUGAAAUGAUAGGCGAUAUUAAAUACUACCCGAUACACCAUGGAUUUCCUGGUUAUUACUUUCCUUUCACUAAUACACCAGGUUACCUUAGUCCUUUGGUAGCCGUGCAAUUUAUCAGCCCCAAAAAAAAUGUCAUCAUCAACGUUGAAUGUCGAGCAUGGGCUGAAAACAUCCGAUACAGUGGACGCACUCAAAAUCGAGAAGGAUCUGUACAUUUCGCAUUUAUGAUUGAUAUUUAAGAAACAAAGUACACUACCUCGAUAUGUGCAUCGCGAUAUUCUGCUUGCUCCAGGUGGAGACUUACUUUCUCCUAAUUUGAUGUUAAACGUAGUGACAAGUGUUGU